CGCAAUUUUGAAGAGUUAAGACUGAAGCUUAUAAAUAUUGACCGAUUUAUUGGAUCUUACAAUAUUAACUUAAAUGAUUUGGAUAACAGAUUUCAGAAUCUCGAACAAACCAGUUAUAAUGGCGUACUUUUGUGGAAAGUAACCAACUAUCGUGAACAUAAAAAUAAAGCUGUCAUUGGUCAGACAACCUCUCUUUACAGUCAAUCGUUUUAUACUUCUAGAUAUGGAUACAAGAUGUGCGCUAGAAUAUAUUUAAAUGGUGAUGGGAUUGGAAAUGGGACUCAUAUUUCCAUGUUUUUUGUUAUAAUGAAAGGUGAUUAUGAUACUAUUUUGGAAUGGCCAUUCAGACACAAGGUUACGCUGAUGAUAUUGGAUCGAAGUGGAAACGAAUGUCAUAUUUCGGACUCGUUUUUGCCAGAUCCCCGUAGCUCUAGUUAUCAAAAACCAACUUCAGCUUGCAACGUCGCGUCGGGAUGCCCCAUGUUUGCAACUCAAUCAGAUAUUGAAGAAAAUAGAAAUUUUUUAAAUGAUGAUUGUCUCUUUAUUAAAAUAAUUGUGAAAAAUAUUUGA